UUGGUGUUCUCAUUUUCAUGAUGCCGCGUGAACAUAGUUUAAUCGUUUUGUUAUUUCCUUCUUUUGAUCAGGAAAAUAAGGUGGAGCAGAGGUAGGCAAGGCUCUCUAACCGGUAUACCGAAGUGUUUGGCAUCACCGUAGUAACGGAUUAUCGCUUCUCCCGGCCAGGCCUUCAGGGUAUGUCCAGAUCUGGGGAAGACUUGUGGUUGGAGUUGAUUUCUGUGACACCAACAUCCAGCUCAGCCUAAUCCACACAGCUAGACAUUGCAGGCGCUUGUUAGCUAGGUACUGCACCUGGGAUUAUCGCCUAGCAGUUAGGCUUGUUUUUGGUCGAAUAAUCCCCUGAUAAGUUACUUUCUGGCCUGUUCCCCUUCCAAGUAGUUCAGCCCUGAACAUAGUCACCGCAGUAACUGUCGUAGAAUGUAUGUGCAAGCCUGAUCCAAUCAAAGACGGAGGCAAUACGGGCAGUUGUACAGUCUCCACCAUGCAUCGAUGGUGCUCACCAUACCGGUACGUAGAGACGGACCCUAAGUGCUGCAUCGCAGCUGGAUAGCCGAUCCCCCCCACGACCACCUGUGUUCAUUUCGCAGUACGUAACAGUCGUGGACGCUUAUGAGCUUGAGACCUCGGUCAAGACGCGAAGGGUUAAUCGCCGUCGCAGUUAUUGGAAGCUCCGCCAUUUUCGAACCCCAUCCGAAUUUAAUGCCUCUGUUUCUUUGUCGAUUGGCAUUGAUCUCUCAACGAGCUUGCUGUAGUUUCAUCAAGACUUGCUGUAGUUUCAUCAAGACUUGCUGGAGCAGCUUCGCUAGACUUCUGCUUUGUGGGGUGUAGUUUGCCAUACAGUAGCCAUUAUGCCAUCAGCAUACCCUGCACACGGUACGAGUACUAGUACCUCGGAACACAUGUCUAGCAAUUCGACGGCACACUGUCAGGAUGAGCCGGGCCAGUAUCUUCUUUUCUCAGCAGGAUCGCGAAAAGGAUAUACCCGAUUUCCCUUGACGACGCAUUCGACUCCUCUGGAGGUGAGUUUGCAGUCUCCGCAUAGUCAAAACUCAUCAAGUUUGAUCGAAGCUUCUCCAAGCGAAGAGGACUAUAGAUUGUGUUCUUUCCCAGGUACAAUAGCCAAUGUGUGCUCGACAAUGACUGAUCGAACCAAUCUUAGUGUUUUGACAGGAGCUGCUCAACCGCAGCUCAAUAUUCCAGUGGUAUAUGCCCAGUCCUCAGGGUUUGAAGGUACCCCUAAUCUCAUUCUAGGACAGCAAAGCACAGUGGUUAGCUCUCCACCUUUAGUACCAGUAGCAGUGUACCUACAACCGACUACUGCUGCUGCUUCUGUUGCUUCUGGUCCUGUUGCUUCUGGUCCUGUUGCAUCUGGUCCUGUUGCUUCUGGUCCUGUUGCUUCAGCUCAUGUUGCUUCAGCUCCUGUUGCUCAGUCUGCUCCUGUUGCUUCUGCUCUGGUUGCGGAUCCUGCUGUUGUCCUCAAAUACAAGCCGCAGCGGAUCCGAAGAACUAAAAAGGCGCCAAAAACAGUGGCUUUGCCAGCUUAUCCAGGCCCUGUAAUUAUGAACAGUUUCCAUGUUGGAUUACCCCUGGUAAGUGCUGGUAAGCAGCACAGUGCCACAAGCAACUUGCAUCAGCAGCAGUGCAGUGCCACCAGCUUCCCCCAGCAACAGCAGUCACAUACGUUCCCACCCUUGCAGUACAGUGGCGCUAGCUUGCCAUCACCACCUACUUUAAUACCCUUUCAGUACAAUGCUACCCCCAGUACCAGUCUGGAUCAGAAACAGUCGCCACCAGGUACAGGGCAGCAGUACAGUGUCACCAGCAGCGUGCACACGCAGCAGUACAGUGCCACCAGCAGCGUGCACCCGCAGCAGUAUUCACUAUCGGCUCCUAUUCCCUUGUACCCAGGCAUAUACCAGAGCCAGAGUGUGGAAGAAGCCGGAAGAGCAGCAACAGUGCAUAACCUCCCACACAGUGCAGCGGCGCCACCGGCACCUGCACCAGCACCUGCAGGCAGCAGCCAGCUUCCUGUUCCGCAAGCGGCAGCAGUAGUACUGAGUUACAGUAUCGGGGAUGCUACCCCCAGUUGCUAUGGUAACAGUGCUGCUGAAGGAAAGCAACCACCACUCUGGCAUGAAUCACCGGGCAGCAAUAUUGCAUCAUACGGCGGCGGAUCAGACGAUGGCCACCUUGCUGAGGAAGUUCUGCAGGGAGAUGGUGAUGCGCAAGGUGACGUCGGUCCCAGUCCCAACCCUGGCCAGGAUGAAAUGAGGUGCAGUUGGCACACGGACCACGUGACUCCAUGUGGCAAGCUAUUCGACAGUAUGGAUGAUUUCGUGGAGCAUGUUAACCUGCAUGUGAAUGCCGUCUCUAAUCGACAUUUUGCCUGUCGCUGGUCCAAUUGUAACCGAAACGAGCGCCCAUUCAAAGCAAAGUACAAACUUAUCAACCAUGUUCGCGUCCAUACGGGUGAGCAGCCGUUUGUGUGCCCACUGUGUCGCAAACCCUUUGCCAGGGCAGAAAAUCUGCGCAUACACGAGCGAGUUCAUAGCGGCGACAGACCUUUCAAGUGUACCCACCCCGACUGUAAGAAGAGAUUUGCAAACUCAUCUGAUCGCAAGAAGCAUACGUUUGUCCACACUGAUGAACGGCCAUACGUUUGCAAACAGCCUGGCUGCGACAAAAGCUAUACACAUCCCAGCUCUCUGCGCAAGCAUGCCUUGGCGCAUAUUCCUGCCACCGCCCAAACCUAAUAAUAAGCUUUAUAAGCAAUGCUCAGAAGUCAACAUCACCAAUAAAGCAGCACAAUACAUGUUGUAAUUGUUGCAUGUUAUUGGUGUUGUUGUUGUCCAAGCUGCAUCACAAACAGGCAAACUACGUGUGCGACUAUAAUUAUGAAGAAAAUGUUAUGCAAGAGUGGAGAUGCUUUGGCGAAGUCGCAGCACAGCGCUGCACUAAGUCUUGCACUAGCAACUGACACUGAAUAUAUAGUGCCCAUAUUAGGCAAUUACCUGUGGCUGCUCCAGACUAAGCGCUCUUUUUUUCUAAUUGCAUUUUAAACUGUAUUUAGGUGUUGCUGUAGUUUUGGAGUGGUAUUACAUACAUUACAUAGAAUUUGCUGAACUUCACGCUCUCAUGUACUCUCUCUUUCUCUCAAUCUACCCCUCCCCCCCCCCCCCCCCCGCCUCCCUUGUUCUUUCUCUUUCCCUCAUACUUCCAUUUAUCUGGUGCGUCCAGAGCGUGACGAUGUCGAGACCAGUUGGUCGAGGGAGCGCCUGCCACCCCCCCCCCCCCCCACCACCACCAUGGCUGCUGCAUGUUCCCAUUGCGUGCACCAUAUGGCUUUUAGUAGAAAAUAAAUAAAAUUUAAUAAAUAAAUAAAAAAUAAACAUACAGUCAUAGUGUUAAUCACACAUUUUUUGCUUUGGAGCUACAAACAUGUCUCUCUCUCUCUCUAUCUAUCUCUCUCGAUCUAUCUAUCUAUCUAUCUAUCUAUCUAUCUCUCGGCGUGCACUGCGCUAGGCACCGGCGAGAUUAUGCCGGCAUAAUUAUUGGCAUAAUUUGGUGGUUGAAAAUUUGGAGCAUAA